AUUUCUUGGUUUAUUUCAAACACACACACCUGUGGCUUGAUUUACCUUGACGGCUCAAAUUUCCCAUACCGAUAUACAUAAAAACUGAAAAUGCUAAAGUGUCUUUGGACGUUGCUAGCAGCGAAGGCUAAACAAACACAAAACUCGGACACGAAGGAAAUGGGAGCUUCAAACGGCUUGUGACGCCAAAGUGUGAAGUAAACGUCACGGUCAGCCCGGGUCAGCCCCUCCCCCUGACAGAGGCGUAUUUCUGGAUCAGGCUGGAUUUCCUCGAGUGGUUUUCGAAUCACACGGAGAAUAUUUACAGGGGAGUGCAGAGAUAUGAGGAUGAUAUCACGUCUCCUUGUACGAGGAAACCUGGUGAGAUUCCAGCAUGCUGUGGGUGCAGUUCGUUGGCAGAGCAGCAGGAAACAAGCUCCCGUGUUGACAGCAGCUCCUGUUCGUGCUCUCGUUGAUGAGCAGAUCAGCAUAAAGGGCCGUUUUCUGCCUCCACACAGUCCUGUCACAGUGUGUGCACGGAUGCACUGUGAAGAUGGUGACCUGUGGGAGGCGUUUGCACAUUACAACACGAAUGCAGGAGGCGCUGUCAACUUGACUACUGAUCAUUCAUUGGGGGGUUCCUACCUUGGCUGUGAGCCGAUGGGACUCUUCUGGGGACUGCAGCCAGCUCCUGGAGGAAGACAAGGUAUAAGACUGAAGAAAAACGAUGUGGAGACUCCAUACCAGGUCCACAUCUCCCUCAUGGAAGGCCACGUUUCUCCCAGUGACGGAAAGAGCUCUGAACUGGCAGUUGUUACUACUGAGCGCUGGUACAUGGCGCCAGGAGUCAAGAGAACAGAGAUCCGUCAGAACGGGGUCGUUGGCACUUUAUUUUUACCCCCUGGCCCAGGUCCAUUUCCAGGCUUGUUGGAUAUGUGGGGAAUGGGAGGAGGACUCCUGGAGUAUCGUGCCGCCCUGUUGGCAUCUCGGGGAUAUGCUUGUCUUACUCUUUCCUACAAAGGACACAAAGACUUGCCUGGACCUCCAAACCAAUUCAACGUUGGUAAUUCCUAUUUCAGGUCAGCGUUCCAGCUGCUUCAAGAUCGUGACGAGGUCAAUGCAGACAGAAUCGGGAUCAUUGGUAUCUCAUAUGGAGGAUAUCUCUCUCUCCGUAUUGCCACUCAGUGUGGUGUGAACCCAUCAUGUGUUGUUUUCAUCAACGGAACAGUCGCAAGCACAUUCCCGUUUCCUGAGGAGGACGGCUUCAGUAAACUCGGAUACAGUGGUGAACAAACUUAUCAAUUUAAUGAUCAGGGCCAUGUUGUAUUCAGAGAGAAUACCUUUCCUGCUCGUGUUGUACCUGAACACAGAGCGAAGUUAGAAAACCUCGCCUGUCCACUGAUGGUCAUAGUGGGAGAAGAUGAUCUGGGCACCGCAAGCUGUGAGAACGCAGACAUGAUCGAGGAAAUCCUGAAGUCUGCAGGAAAAUCUCACCUGCUUUCCCGGUUCUCUUACCCUGAUGCUGGUCACUUGAUCGAGCCUCCUUAUGCACCACAUACAAGAACAUCCUAUUUUGUCGUCAAACCACAGAAAGUGAUGUCUCUGUGGGGAGGUCAACCAGCAGGUCACGCUGCUGCUCAGGAAGAUUCAUGGAGAAAGAUUUUGGAUUUUUUGGAAACCAAUCUGAGAAGGUGAUUGUGAAUCUGUUUAAAUGUCAUCAAGAAAGCAAGCAUCUCAUACUCUGAGGAAUGUAACUCUUCGAGUUAAUUUGAAAUAUAUUUUUUUUAAUAAAACAAUCUUCUUUUGUAAUAAAAUUGUACAGACUGGUUGACAAAGUGAAAAUACAUAAAGAAUUAUAUGCUGUUAUUUUCUGUGAAGUUCAUCAGAUAACGAGUGACAGGAUAAAUAUAAGCAAAUGUUAUUGAAUUACAUUUGAUUUUUAAUUCAAUAUAUCAGAUGACACUGGACAUAAUGCUGCUGCUGCAAUGAGAGCAAGCUGUCCGGCCCCAAGGCAGUAAAGCAGCAUCAUCCCAUGAUGCUACCUCCACUGUACUUAACCCUGCAUGAAAUGGUUAAAUCUAUUUUUUUUUUUUUUUUGCACAAACAGAUUUUUGGAAUUGUUUCAGUGAUUUGGUCAAGUGUUUUAAUUGGGAUUCUUUUCUGCUGCACUGAGCUGAGAAGCAACUUCUAGUGAGAGGAGCCACAGUACUAAACCCGUUAUAGAUUGUUGUUUUCCACUGAGUGAAUAUCUGAAGCCUUUGAGAUGGCUUUUUAACUACCUUGAAACAACAAUCUCAGAUCUUGUUCUUUCAAGGCAUGGAAUAAGGAUAAGUUUUGUUAAUAGCACAAUUUUAGCAUUUUGUUCAGGUCAGAGUCAUUAUAUAAGUUGGGAUUUCAUCUUAGUUAUAAUUGAUGAUUAUCAGAGAUAAUUAUUAAUUAAAAGAGCUUGGGAUCUGAUGGACUGUACAUGAGAUAAUCUUGGGGACCACCAAUAUGAAUACAGGAUUGAUCGCCAAUUUGUUGUAAUCACUCUCAUAAACUAGGUUAAACUAUUGAUUUGCAAUUUUGAUUAAAUAAUAAAAUUAUUAACAAUUACCAAAUUUUAACAGUCAGACAUGAAGGAUUCUGGAGUUCUUGAUCAGAAGAGGUCGACAUUUCAUUCAUAAUUAUGAAACAUGAAAUGAAACAAAUGAUUCCAAAAAUUGUAUUUGUUAGCAA